CUCUCCAUCACUUUGUCUGCAUCCACAGCAUCAACACAGGCAGGGGGAAUUGAAAUAGCCAAGAUGCCAGAGAGAGCACCGGAGAGGAAAUCUAAAAUCUCAGCUUCUCGCAAGCUCAUGCUGAAGAGCUUGAUGGUCGCCAAGGCCAAGGAGGAGCUGGAGCAGGAGAUGGAGGAAAAAGAGGAACAGAAGGCAAAGUACCUUGAAGAAAAGUCUCCUCCGAUACACACCGCUGGCAUGUCGUUAGCAGAGCUACAGACUUUAUGUGAAGAGCUGCAUGCCAAAAUAGACGUGGUGGAUGAGGAGCGGUACGAUAUUGAAGCCAAAGUCUUGCACAACACCAGAGAGAUCAAAGACCUAAACAUCAAGGUACUGGACCUGCGAGGGAAGUUUAAGAGACCCAGCCUGAGGAGGGUGAGGGUGUCUGCUGAUGCCAUCCUGCGCUCCCUGCUGGGCUCCAAACACAAAGUGUCUUUGGAUCUGCGAGCUAAUCUUAAAUCAGUCAAGAAGGAGGACACAGAAAAGGAGAAGACGGUGGAGGUGAGUGACUGGAGGAAGAAUGUGGAGGCCAUGUCGGGCAUGGAGGGCCGCAAGAAGAUGUUUGAUGCAGCUAAAGGUCAAAACCAGUGAGGAGGUGCUACUAAAGUCCCAUCUGGCUUUUUAAUUUACACCGAAUACUGUCACUUUUAAACCAAAAAAAUCAGAAUACAGCACAAAAUAUACAUGCAUCAGCUCUGGAGGACAUCACACGUUCACAGAUAAUCUUUUGCUAUUUUAUGAUCAGGACAUUUUCUGUGUGAUUUGUUUCAUUUUCACUGAAAUAAA